GUUUCAAUCUCGUCGCUGGUUCAGACAUGGCUCCAGUGGGACCAGGAUCCCACCACUCGUGCGGAAAUAGAGCAGUUGCGUGAUGCUCAUUCCACCGAAGAGCUGGAGCUGCGCCUACGCAAUCGUAUCGAGUUCGGAACGGCGGGCCUACGCGGCCGGAUGGCCGCCGGGUUCUCUUGUAUGAACUCCUUGACGGUGAUCCAAGCGUCGCAGGGUCUGGCCAAGUACAUCCAUGGACGCCCGAAUAUUGCCUCGAGGGGCGUGGUUAUCGGACAUGAUGCGCGCCACAAUUCCGACCGGUUUGCCAAGCUCGCGGCCAAUGCGUUCAUUGCUCUCGGGAUCCCAGUCUGGUUCUUCGAUCAGGCUGGGCCGACGCCAAUGGUUCCCUUCGGUGUGAAUCAUUUCAAUGCUGCUGGUGGUAUCAUGGUAACAGCGAGCCAUAACCCGCCCCAAGACAAUGGUUACAAGGUCUACUCGAGUAAUGGCGCUCAAAUCAAUCGACCCGAGGAUGGCGAGAUAGCCCAGUCGAUCCGCGAGAACCUGGAGCCUUGGCCCACUGCAUGGAAGAGCUUGCAGCCCAGCAACCUCCUACGUGCGGACUCGUAUCAGAAACUACUUCCUCACUACAUCAGCCAGGUUGGAAAAUAUGCGAAUUCAACCGUGCCAGAGUGGCAGCCUUCGAGACCAUCUGUCUAUACACCUCUCCAUGGUGUUGGAGGCUUGGUCUUUCCCACGCUAUGCGAAUCACUAGGAAUCAAUAAUUGUACCACUGUUCCUGCUCAAGAGAAACCAGAUCCCGAGUUUCCCACCGUCAAGUUUCCCAACCCAGAAGAAGCAGGGGCUUUGGACCUUUCGAUUGAAACUGCCGAUAAAGAAGGGAAGACUCUGAUCAUUGCCAAUGAUCCAGACGCGGAUCGCUUUGCCGUGGCAGAGAAAAUCCAUGGCGAGUGGUUCUUAUUUACGGGAAACCAUGUUGGAGUCCUUUUGGCAUCCCAUGUCUUCGAUUCUCUCAAUGAUACUGCCGAUCUGUCGAAGGUUACUGUUUUAACCACGACUGUCUCUAGUGGCAUGCUCGACAAAAUGGCCAAGGCCAAGGGAGUCCAAUUCAAGGAGACGUUGACUGGCUUCAAGUGGAUGGCAAACGUUGCUCGAGACCUAGAGAAGACUGGACAGGUCGUUCCCUUUGCUUACGAGGAAGCCCUCGGCUACAUGUUCCCUGCCAUUUGCUACGAUAAGGAUGGCAUUACGGCCGCCUCGGUCUUCCUUGCCGCGGAGGCCAAAUGGAGGGCCCAGGGGCUGACUGUUCAUGAUAAACUCCAACGACUCUUUGCUGAGUUUGGCCACCACGAGACAUUGAACAAUUACUUCCGAUCUCCAAACCCCGAGCUGACCCUUGAGCUGUUCCGCGGAAUAAGAAGUGGCAGUUUCCUUGCCGAGAAACAGUUCGGCAGGUUCAAGGUUCUACGGUGGCGAGAUCUGACAGAGGGAUAUGACUCGGCAUCGUCUGACAACAAGCCGGAUUUGCCCCAGGAUCCCACUAGCCAAAUGCUCACUCUGUGGUUGGAGGGCGGAAUCCGGUUCACCUUCCGGGGCUCGGGCACAGAGCCCAAGGUCAAAUUCUACAUUGAGAGUUGUGGAGCUUCUCGCGACGAUGCUGUGCAAGCUGUUUGUGACACGUUCACCACUAUUCUCAAGGAAUGGGUCCAACGCUACACCCCUUCGAUGACACACAAUGCGCAACUUCCGACAUCGUCAGGCUAUAUUUUCAAUGUGGAGUAA